AUUUGAUUUUAAUAUGCCAGCUAAGCUAAAAUCAAAUCCGUGUUCAGAAAGUAUAUUUAUCUUAAUUGUUAUCAUCCUACAUCCUUGUAUAUAAAAGCGAAAAACUUGGAAAAAAUCAGAAAGCCAAGUGAACCCCACAAAGACCUAAGUUUUUGAAGCUUUUUCAAAUUUCAACAACGCAGAGGUCAACCAAGAGACCUAAAUAAGAAGAAACAUCUUCAAUGAACCAUCAUCUUUCACAGCCCAAAUUCAGCGACGAACAAGAGUUUUCAAUCAUGGUUGCUGCUUUAAAGAAUGUUAUAACAGGCAGUACCCAUAGUUCUGCCGUCCUAGAUGCAGCUCAAGAAUUUCGAUACGCUAUGACCACGACCAUGACCAGUGCCACCAUCGCAUCACCAUCUACGAAUAUGUCUAAUUUUGUUGAACCACCCCUGUUUUGCGUUCCCACCAAACCAGAGCCUUGUCAAUUCUGCAGGAUAAACGGUUGUUUAGGAUGCAACUAUUUUGGAACACUGGCUGCUGCUGAUAACAAGAACAACAAGGCAAAGAUUGCUGCAAUGAAAAAGAAGAAGAAGAAGAAGAAGAAUUACAGAGGUGUGAGACAGAGACCAUGGGGAAAAUGGGCUGCGGAAAUUAGAGAUCCAAGAAGGGCUGCCAGAGUAUGGCUUGGAACAUUUACUACAGCAGAGGAUACAGCCAGAGCUUAUGACAGAGCAGCUAUUGAAUUUAGAGGUCCUAGAGCUAAGCUUAAUUUCUCAUUUGCAGAUUACACAUCAAUUCAACAACAGAGUAAUAACAGUUCAUCGUCUUCACCCCUGCAGGUGCUGCUGCUGCAGCAGCAACAACAACUACCUAUACAAUUACAACAGGGAGUCAACACAGAAGAGGAAUUCUGGGAUCAAUUUAUGAUAUCGAACAAUGAAAUUUAAGAUUUCCCAAGGUCGAUGAAUUUCAAUAGCGAAUCUUCGGAUUCCGCCAAUGGCUAUAUUUCUCAUAGCUUCUGAUCACUUACAAUUAACAAGAAUUGAAAAGGCCGGAGAAGAGGAAAAAGAGGGAAAAAAUUAUAGUGUUAUCAAACUAAAUUUCUUUUCCAAUUUUAAAACUACUUACAUUUUUGUUGUUUAAUUAAGAUACUUUGGCAUAAAGGGGAGUGAGGAGGAAUAAUGGAAAGCCCGAGCAUUUGGGUUUGAAAUGGAGAAGUCCCCAUGCGAAACUUAUUAACAGAGAAUUAAAAAACAAUACUAAAAAGAUAUUGUAGACACGUGAUUUUAGAUUCCCCUUAAAUUUUAAUUUAUUUAUUUAAAUUAAAUAUUUAUAUCGAUUCGAUAUUAUUUUAAUUCUU